AUGUAUCGUGGUAGCUGUGCAGUGCUGCUGCAGGCAGUCCUCACGCAGGCAUGCCGAACCAUUCUUGCUCUAUGCACGCUUGCCCCACACAGCUUUUCUGGCACAAGGGCGGUGGCGCUGGCGAGCAUGUAUGUAUCGAAAUCUGAGGCUUCAUCACUCAUUGAGAGUAUGGGAAAACACACGCUUCUCACCGCGGUUCAUAUUUUGUGCUGCGAGCACCACCCGCAUCUCGCUUGUCGACAUCACAACGGCGAGCUCGCAGCUGCCGUCAACGUUGCUCUGGAAACCCCUUCGCUCCGCUCCACCAUGCUCGCCGCGCUUACGGAAUUCAUAGCGCGGAAGUGGAAAAACGACGAGGUCUCCAAUUCGCGCCUUCUCCCUUGUGCUACGUCGGUGGGCGCCACGGAGCACGUGGUGGCUCCAUCGUCAACUAAGUAUCACGCCACUCCCACAGCGUUGCUGUUACAGGUGUACCCCCAGCUAGCAGUCGCUGGAUCCGGGGCGGAGGUGGAUUGCGGCUGCCCUCACCAGUGGUUCAGGGAAACCCUUCCGAUAGUUCUGCUGACGCGUUCAAUGGAACAGCACGCGUGGGCAUGGCGACGUACAUCACUCCUUCUGGUGGUGUUUGUACGUUGGCGGCAGCGUCACGGUAUGUGUCUUCUCCGCACCCUUCUUGCAGGGGAGGCGUCACCCCCAAUGGAGCUCUCCACGCAGGCGCCUAGCACCAUCCCGAGUGACCCGCCGGAUCUUAGGCUGGAGUCGAGGGAGAAGCAGCAGAAAGAGGAUGAGGAGUUGGAGAAGCCGACGAAGCGUUCUGCUGUCGUGGAUUCAUACUGCCACAGCAACAGCAGCUCUAUGCUCCAGAAGCCACAAAAGGAUUCUGCUGAGAAAGGGGAUGCACCGCAAGAGACGUUGCCGCCCCCCGAUGUUUCACCAAGCAAGGGGAAGAGUACUGGUGAAACGAAGAGGGAUAAUCCCGGGAACGGUAAACUACUAAAGACACUUCUUGUACAGUGUGAUAAGUUGGUGUCGGAGCGAAUGAAACGUUAUGCAUUCUUUCUUUGGCGAGACGUCCGUUUUGGUGAGCGUUGCAAACUCAAGCAAUGCUUUGCCCAUCGUGUGUGGUGCACAAAACAACGCUGCUUAGAACAGUGGAAGCGGCGACUAGAGCAGCACCACGUGGCGGAGCGUAAAGCUUCUAUUGGGGCGCAGUGUCACCGCUUUGUUGAGGCAAAGACGGAGCAGCUUCAGCGGCGUGCAUUUUCAUGCUGGUUGAAUGCGUUUAUGGUACGGCGGUUUCGUUUGCGCACAUGUGGUUGUCGUCUCUUCUCUGUGUGGCGUCGCGCUUACAUCUUUGUCAUUCACGCGCAGGGUAAAUCCGCGCCACCCAUUUCGCACCGUGCACUCGCCACCCGAUGUCUGGAACAUUGGAGGGACGACUACCGCGGACGUGUGGCGGACCGCUAUUUUCUGCGGCGAUUCCUACUUCGCGUGGGAGAACAAAUACGCUGUCGAUCUGUUAUACUUCAGAAAGAAAACGUAGCAGUGAUGUAUAAGAAGACAGCUCUGCUGCGUCGCUGCCUGAGGAAGUGGGACACGGAAUGCCGGCUUCACCACUUGUGUGCACACUUCGGGCAGACAACGAGACGAAGACUCCUCUUUCACGCCCUAGAAGUCUGGCGCGUUCGCUGGCUGCGGUGCAUCAGCGGUAGGGAUCGCAUGGAAACAUUCCUGUCGAUGCACCAGCAACGCCUCUUCGUUGUGACGUUUACGAAGUGGCGCAAACGGGCACAUCUGAGGCAGUUGUCCCGCCGCAUGGCUGCAUACCGACUGCGUGGUACUUAUCGUUUAGUGUGGACCCACUGGCUACAACGUGCAAUCUUUCAUCGACGACUGCGGUGCGACCGCAUGUCGCUCGCUGUGUUCGCGUACCAACGCCUUCUUUUGCGUGGCGCGUGGCACAUUUGGCAGAAGCAGCAGCAGAAUCUACGGCAGAGACGGUGCGCCAUAGAUGCGGCCGCGCUGCUCUCGCGAGCCCAUGCAGUGUGGGCACAACGGCUGCUGGCAACGUCGUGGUUCGCGUGGAAGGGGAGGGCGCACCUGCGGCGGCUGCGGCGCUAUAAAACGGCCACGCUCCCACCCAAUGCGAGCACGCCUCUCGGCGUCAACCGCAGUUUUGCGCCGCACAACUUGUCUAUCAGCUGCUGCAGUGGCGCCGCGCCGCGCCGGGACCCUCUCGCGGCGUUGCGCGCGGAACGGCUCCUGCUACGCGAGAUGGGCUCGACACAGUGGCAGGCAACGGCACACGCGCGUCUGUUUAACAACAGCUGCUGCAGCAACGGCAAGAACACAAGAGGUCACUUCCGGCGGAGGACCAGUGGUGGCGAGGAGACGAUGGUCAUCACGAUGCCGUCGGAUGUUGAGGACGAUCACUGCCCAUCGUUCAACAACAGUCGUGCAUCGUUAUAA